GACUACCCCCGGCCUGCUUUGAACAUAUACCACCACCCGUAAACGGCAUCGCAGAGCGGUUGUAAAUCAGAACCGGAAAAAAGAAAGGGAAGAAGAUGCUUGGGUUCGAGAGGCUGAGCCGCGGCGGCGACGCUGCUGUAGGGGGGGCGAAAGGUGAUAUAGAGGAAGGGACUUUGCACCCAGGGCUUGGCUACGGAGAGAAUCUUCUGAGAUGGGCCUUCAUCCGAAAAGUCUACGGCAUUCUUGCCGCUCAGAUCCUCGUUACCACCCUCGUCUCUGCCGUCACCGUCUUCUACGCCCCGGUCAACGAGCUCCUGAGGACCAAUUCCGGCCUUCUCCUCUUCUUCAUCUUCCUCCCCUUCAUCCUCUUGUGGCCCCUGCAUGUGUAUCAGCAGAAGCAUCCGCUGAAUUUUAUUUUCCUUGGACUUUUCACCGCAUCUCUCAGUCUUACGGUUGGAAUGAGCUGUGCCAAUACAGACGGAAGGAUUGUACUUGAGGCUUUGAUCGUGACAUCGGCUGUAGUUUCAGCUUUGACUGGGUACACAUUCUGGGCUGCUAGGAAGGGCAAGGACUUUAGCUUCCUGGGACCAAUCUUGUUCACCAGCCUUUUUGUGCUUGUUUUGACUGGCUUCAUCCAGAUGUUCUUCCCUUUUGGGUCUACAUCGGCCGCUAUCUACAGUGCCAUCAGUGCUAUAAUUUUCUGCGGGUACAUUGUGUAUGACACAGAGAACUUGAUCAAGCGCUUCACAUAUGAUGAGUACAUAUGGGCAUCUGUCACUUUGUAUCUAGAUGUCCUUAAUCUCUUCCUCACCAUUCUGCGGAUGCUUAAGCAAGGGGAGAACUAAUCGUGCUGCUACUAAUUGGCAAGUUGAUGCCCAAAAUCCAUCCAUCCUUUGGAUCAUUUUAAAUUUCCCUUUUAUGUGUAAUGUGGUGUAUAUGCAACAUAUAUGUAUAUGAUGCUCUUUAUUCCUUGACUUGGUUAAUAAGUUGUUGCCUAAGCGCAGACUCUUGCUUGGAUUCUAUGUGUGUAUUGGUUCGGAAGAAUAUUUAAAGUUUAGCCAACGUUAUUGCAAAUUAUUAUGCUAAUACUAAACAAUAAUACUGUAUGUAUACG